CAUCCAUUGCUUCUUAUAAUAAUAAUAAUAAUGAAUGACCUUGGAGGUCAUCUAGUCCAACCCCCUGCUCAGGUAGGAAACUACAAGCCAUGCACUUAAUCUUCAUAACAGAAGACCAAAAUGCAUGCAACCUAUAUCUUAAAUUGAUUACUGAGAAAUCAGGGAAAUAUUGUCUGAUCUUGAAGCAUUUUAUAACCGCUGUUGGUUUGCUUAUCAUAGGUUUGGGAUAACUUUUCUAGUAGUAACUGUACUGCAUGUGGGUUAUUUUUUUUAAGACGAUACCCUGAGUAAGCAAAAUCAAGAUUAAAUUGUGGGAAUUCUUGUGAUGGACCAAAAGCAUUUGCAAUAUAGUGAAUAGUUAAUAGACAAAGGCUGGCUAAUAGAGCCACUUCAUUUCACUCAUGCCUGGUAUGGUUAAUUAUUUUAUAAUCUUGAAGAGUAAGAAUUUCAGUAAGAAUGAACAAAGAGUGGCCAUUUCAUUCAGUGUUAAUUAUGGUAAUAUGCAAGUAUCUUUCAUGCACUAAACUUAUAGGAAUAAGCUCUCUUGAAUUAUUCUUUCACAAUGAAAUGGUUUCUGUGGCCUGGUUUUGUUGACUGACUCUACUUUUACUGGUUGUCUUUAGCAUGUCCGAGUGCUCGAUGGUGUCAUGCUAUAUGCCUGUGUGACACAGAUACAGCAGUUUUGAUUGGCGGUGAAGGAUCUAAUCAACAAUUCUGCAAAGAUGUACUCUGGAAACUGGAGAUUGAUAAUGACUUUUGGUUCCCUAUGGAUUUCCCAACACAAAAUUCCAUACCACAGUGUUCCCGAGGUCACAGUGCCACUUAUGACCCAGACACCAAGCGCAUCUACAUAUUUGGGGGCAUAAAAGAGGGGAGAUGCUACAACAGCAUCUAUGUUUUGGAUACAACAUCUUGGAAAUGGCUUCAUGUUUUUCUAAGUAGAAACCAAACAUUGGGCCCUGUAGAAGAGUAGCUUCAACUUGCUUUUUGUGUGCCUAUUUUUUGUUUUUGCAAUUUUCUUAUUCUCUUUUGUAAGAAAUAAGAGUUCAAAUACAAUGGCAAAAAGUGGACUAAUUCAUGUAGGAGACAGAAAACAGGAGUAAAUAGAGCAGGUGAAGUUUUUCUGGUAGAUUACAGUUAGAAACUGGAUGGAUGCUAUCCAGUAAUGCUAUUGAGAGCAGGAGAGCCCCCACUGCUGCUGAUACUAAGUCAGAUUCACCUGCUGACUUGGGUUGUGAUGAGGUUUUUCUUUCUUCUCUCAGGCUAAAGGGAAAGUGCCCACUCUGGCCUUUCACAGUGCAACUGUCUAUCGCAAGGAAGUAUUUGUCUUUGGAGGAGCUUUCUCUAAAAUGUUGUCCUUGGAGAGAGGCGCCUGCAGUAAUGCGCUUUUUAUUUUCAACCCUGACUAUGAGAUUUGGUACCAACCUAUUGUGGAGGGGGAGAAGCCACUGCCAAGGCUGGGUCAUUCAGCUACUUUGUUGAAGAACAAAUUAGUCAUAUUCGGAGGCCAGAGGACUUCUACAUACCUGAAUGAUACACACAUCCUUGAUCUAGGUUUUAUGGAGUAUAAAUCAGUUCCAUCUCUCUCUGGACAGCCUUCCCCUCGCAGUUUCCAUGCUGCUAUCCAAAUCUCUGAUCAAAAAAUGUUGAUAAGUGGUGGCUGUAAUGCCAGAGCAGCUUUCCAGGAUGCAUUUAUCUUCCAUUUAGAUACCUCGACUUGGAGUGCAAUUAAGCAUAGUGAUCUUUGCGCUGUGCCCCGGGCAGGCCACACAUUGCUCAAUUUAACUUGCACUAACCUGACAAACACGGAUAAGAAGAAUCAGAGCAAACACAAUAUGUGCACAGUGCUUGUCUUUGGAGGUUCAGACCAUGCUGGAAAGUUCUAUAAUAAUACAAACAAAUUCCAGCUUGAUUUUCAAAACUAAAUAAGUGCCUACUGAAUUGUUUUGACUCCAUGGCAAGAUCAAGACCCAGAAGAACAGAAACAACUGGACAUCAGAAUAAUAAAAAUGAAUUGAUAAUUAUGUGAAAAAGCACAGGGCUGUUGAGGCUUUACCAGAGAUUGCUUUAAGGUUUGAUUUCUUAGAUCAGCGUUUCUCAAACUUUAAAAUAUGUGGGCUGGGACCUGAACUUCUGGGAGCUGAAAUUCACACAUAUUAAGGUUACCAAGUCUGAGAAACUCUAUCUUAGAUCUUACUCUAGAUUUAAAGUGUGUCACAAAAAUGUCAGCCCCUGCCUUUAUUUUUAACAUGAACAGAUGUGAGGGAGGUAGACACCUCAUUUUGCUGUCAUUAUCCCAGCUAUUUCUGUUUUUAACCCCUACAGCUUUAUCUGUGAUGGCAGUUAAUGUCUUAGCUGAAUUCAGUAGCUCAGCAUCUUCACAUUUUAGCUUAUCAGCAGUUGAGAGGGCAAAAAAGGAGAGGGAACACCACCAAAAUAAGUAUUUUGGAGGCGGCUUAGUGCUUCUGUGGAAAGAUUGAUCAAUGAUAUUUUAAUAUUGCUGUGAAAUAUAUUGGUUAGGAUUUCCCAAUGUGUUUUACACAUUUGGUUUGUUCCUGUUCUCUCCUCCUCCUAACCCAUUUUGUUUAUCUUUUUUCUUCAUGCCUCAGAUAAAAGUUGUUUACAUUUUGCCAAAUCUAAUAAAGCAAGCAUAAGUAUUUCAACUUGAAUAUAUAGAUCUUGGCCAUUGGAAUGAAGACAAAUAUCUUCUCAACAUCUUAGAAACAAUCAUUUUGAAGAUCAUAGGAUUUUGUUUGAAGUGCAUAGCUCUUUAGAAAUCUGUGUGCUUUUUUUCCUGGAAAAUCUGCAAUCCCUGUGAGGAUUAGAAAACUUCUAGCUGCUGCCAAUUCAUUGCAUGAACUUCUGUUGUUACAACUUACUAUACUAAAGGAAGAAGUUAGAAGUUCCCUAACUUUCAAUAUUUCUGAAAUGCUGGUAUAUGCUGGCUAAUGAACGGGCAACUUAUAGCUCUAAAGCAAAUCCAACUGCAUCAUCAAAUUUUGCCAAAAAGUAGUGAUACAGUUUGCUGCUGCUUAGGUAGCACAUAAAAACUGUUGUGGAAGUUCUUAAACAGUCCUUAGUAAUACUAAAAAGGAGAUAUGCAUUGAACAACAUGCUAUUAAACUAAAAGCUGGCAACCGUUGGACAUGUGACUGUUCUUUUUCAGGCCCAAUCACUAUUUACUUGCCAGUAUCUAGAACUUUUUCAAGUUCUUUAACUUUGUAUAUGGUCUAAUUAUAGAUUAAUACCUUUGCUAUUUACACAAAGCAAUGCUGCUUUUUUGAACGUCGCAAGAAACACCCACAAACUCUUAUCUUUUGAUCUGCUUCACGAUUGCAUUACAAUUGUCACACAUGAU